UACACUGGCGCUGCGUUGGCGCUCAGUGCAAAACGAAGCACUGAAGGUGUCAGUUGGGCUCCCGACGGUUUAACUUUUAGCUCCCACAGCGAACGCAGUUCUCAGCGAUUUUGACGCAAAUUAUAAACGUCAGCAACUUCUGAUCCAAGGGCGUGGCAUCGACAGCGAGCAACAGGAUGCUGGCACUGCCUCUGCUGACUCUGGCGGUCCUCGCCAGCUGCGGCUACACCGUGGACGCCUACUCCAAGUACGGCCGUGGAUGCGGGGACAUUGGCUGCCUGCCCACCGAGGAGUGCGUCAUCACCAGCGACUCGUGCAGCUACAACCAGCGGGACGGCAAGGAUUGCGGCAACUACCCCACCUGCAAGCGGCGCUCCGGCGGAGGAUCAUCCGCCUCGAAUAGCAGCCCCAACUUGGCAGCCCCCUCGGCCAAUCCGUCAGGCAGCGUCCUCAAUCCCGGCUACCCCAUGCACGGCCUGCAGCCGGUGAACCCGUACAAUCCGCCCUUCAUCUUUGGCCAGCUGCCAUUCUAUGGCGGCGGCGGGCCGACCGGGACCGGCGGUCCGCCCGGCGGCGGCAAUGGCGGCGUCGGCGGCGGCGUCGGACUGCCCAGCUCGACGCUGGGCAUCCUCGGCGGCGGCGGCGGCGGCCUGGCGCCCUACGGCAGCAACUACCAGGGCUAUCAGGGCUACCAAAACCAGCACUCCAACGCGAACAUGUACAACAAGCCGCCGCCGCAGUACCAGAACCAGAACCAACAGAACCCCUACAACCGCCGCACCCAGGCGCAUCCCUCGGCAGCCGGCAGUCUGGGCGGACUGGGGAUACUACCCGUCCUGGUCGUGGGGCUCCUCCUGGCCCUCCUGCCGCACACGUAAUAAGCUGCGGCCUCACCAGCAGCGGCUCACUAGCGGCACUCAGAAUAGCCACAGAACACAACUCCCGACGACCCCCGGAAAUUAACCCAUCCCAUUUGCUCGGGAUAACCUUCAUGGAAUGAGCCCAUUUUCACUGAAUUGUUCUACUAACAAGAAUCACUUUCCACAGAUUUUUACAACUCACCUAAUUCGUAUACAGCACCAAAGGUGCUUUCAUUUUUGGACAUGCAAACUAUUAAAUAUUAAAGUAAAAAUGGGAGAUCGCCUGAACGUUAUGCGUUACUUAUUAUUUUUUACCUUUUUAUUCAUAUUUUCCUUGAUAUUCGUUUGACUUUUUGUUCUGGCUUAGACUUAAGAAACAUGUAAGAGCAGCAGCAGUUAGCUUGGCAUUUAAAAAUUUAACGACUUACUUAAUACGCUUUCUACUUUGCAAAGAGGUUUGGCACGAAUCUUAAACAAAUGCAGUUCUGAUUGAAGCUUUCGGUGCUAAGCCCACGCUGCGUAUGCGCAACUUCAAGGACUUUAGCUCACUAGGUACUUAAUUAUGGUUUCUUCUUGACAGAUUUUGUAGCACAGGAGCUGUAGCUAUAUUUGUUCGAUGAGAAAAUCAUCUGAAUCUUUUCGUAGCUUUGCACUACAAUUCAAAGGUUGUAUUUUAAUUACACUGUAAGCCCUCGUUCUACGUAUUUUGGCAUCUUUUAUCGGCAGCCUUUGCUGUCUGGCCCACACUGCGAAUGCGUAAUUUCAAUUUAAUAUUGUGCAAAAGAGUGUUCUCGUUUGGCUGUGUGGGUGUGUGUACGAGGCAGCCAGUUCAUUUGUGUGUGUGUGUGUGUGUGCAUUUUCAGCUAUCAGUCAAGGGAAAGUGGCGCUCCCUGGGAACCGAACCGCUCUUUUUUGCAGCUCAAUUAAAUUGGAAUUUAAUUUCGGGCUUAGACAGCCAGCCUCUGGUUAGAGGGGGCGUGGCAAGUCUGACCACCGCACACAGGACACACACACACACGAGCACACACGAACACACACAUACACGGCAUGGUUGGGCAACUUUGAUGUUAAUUUCAUUUUUGUUGAUGCUACGAAUUUGCGGCCAGACGCUGGCGGAUCCAGGGCUUUCGAUGAUGCUACUGCCACUGCCACUGCUGCUGCAGUCAGAAAUACAGAUACAGAUACAUUUACAGAUACUUAGACGGAUAGUGUUGUAGAUACAAGAUACGCAUGUCAAUCAAAAUGCAUAAUGAGCUACAUUCGAGGGCAGAGCACCAAGUGCGCUGCGUGCAAACCAGAACCGAUUGUUUUUUUUUUAUACGAUUACGAAUAUGAAUAAAUAAUCACUGAAGCAAGUUAAAUGGCAUUUUAAAAAAGCAAACGAACAAGAAUUAAGCUAGCCUAAGGUGUUCAAAACUAAUCUGAAGUAAAAACAUACAACUAAAAAUGAAAACAAAAACAAAAACUAGACUCUAAGUGCUGCUGACUCCCGAAAUGAAUCAAAAGAAAUCAAAAACUGUCACUGAGAGGCAUUUACAUUACUAACAAACUGCCAGAAAUACAAAUACAAAUACAUAUACAAAAUCGAAAGCCAAAGAGCAAAAUCCAAGCAGAACUAAACAGAAAAAAAACACAAAACACAGAGCCGAAAAACAAAUUGUUAAACAUUUCAAACACUCAGAGUUAAGCACACGAGGUCCCAGAGAUUCAAAACUGCCCAAGAAAACGAAACAUAAUGAUUUUGUCGCUGUAAAUUCCGGAUAAAAAGCACUCAUGUCGAGCAUAUUUACUCCGUCCGUUUGUAUUCGUAUUUGCACACACUUGAUUUGGGACACCAACUAAAGCUGACUUCAUUUGCAAUCUCUGAGCCUCUGAACCUCUGAACCUCUGAAGCUCUGAAUCUCUGAACCGGAACCAUGUAAACAGUACGACCAGUAUUAACCAAACCGAAAUCAUUUUAUCGAUAUAAGAUACUACCCGCUACCACUACCACAACCACUAGCAAUACUACCACUACCACUAUCCACGUCGGUUCUACCCACAAUCCUACCCACAUCGACUCAUACACGGCGGGGAAAUCGAGGAGCAAACAAUAAGUAUUCGAGUAUUUACUAAUCAAAACCACAAACUAAAGAGUUGUACAUAGCAUUAAAGACACGUAAGCACACGUGUGUGCCGAGUCGGAGUCGGAUAUGGAUAUUGAUAUAUUUAAUAUGUAAUACUGAAGCGAAGACUUAACUAGACUAAGUUUGGGGCGGACAAAAACUCAAAGUUGUGUAGACUUAAAGCGGUAUGGUAAUUAAUCAAUCGCGUAGGCUAAGUCCAUUGAUUGUAACCCGACCAUUGACGACCAUUGAUUGUUUGUUUUAAUAUUUUCUAUUUUCGUUUGUUUACCCGCCUAAUUUGUGUUCUUUACGUUUUUGUGUUCUAUCUUAUCUCCCACUUUUAUGCUUUCCAUUCGAUUCGAAACCCCGAAACCCCCGCUUUUGUGGCUAACCAACUGCUUGCGCACUGCUUGCGCGCCUGCUUUGCCGACUCAU